GCAGGAAGGGAAAGGGAGCGUGGGGCGGGGCGCUUGACGGUUGUCGGUUGUGGGCGGGGCAGUGGCAGUUCCCCUCCCCCCCGUUCCCGUGAGGAGGAAGCAGGCGAGCGAGGGAGGCGUUGGGCGGCGGUGUGGAGCGAGGGGUGGGGCUGUGAGGAAAGAAGGGGCGCCGCCUGAGAGCUGGGCCUUCGCUGUCUCGGCGGUGGGCUGGCAGACCUUUCCCACCCCAUCCCCUGUGGGAGGCCGAGCGCUCUCCCCUCACCUGCCAGGCACUCCCGCCCACCCCUUAAGGCUUUUGAGGCGCCCCUCCCCCGGAACUUCUUCCCCUUUUUCAGGGAACCCCGUUUUUAUUCCCCAUUUGGCAUUUUGUACACUAUUUUUUGGUUGGGUGGAGAGAGAGUGCAGGUGGAUUUGGAGAGAGAGGGUGUUCGCUUGUGCUGCUGAGCUUGUUCUCUGAUGGGUUCCUGAAACCAAAGGCCAGCGAGGGCAUUGCCGUCCUGCCCUUUCUCAGGGAGGGGAGGAUCUGGGGGAGCUUUAAAAAAAAAAGAUUUGCCCAAAUGGGGGAAGCAGGCCCUGGUAGGAAGCUCUUUCUUUCACCAUGACAUGAGGUGACAGGGGGGAGGGGGGGAAGAAAAAGCCAAACACCAAGAGCCAAAUAAUCCUGGAAGCCUCCUGAGUAGCCAUGGCAUCAGAAGAGGCCUCCUUACGAGCUCUGGAGAGUCUAAUGACCGAGUUUUUCCACAACUGCACUACAAAUGAGAGAAAGCGUGAGAUCGAGGAGCUCCUGAAUAACUUUGCCCAGCAGAUUGGUGCCUGGAGGUUCUGCAUCUAUUUCCUGUCAAGUACGAGGAAUGAUUACGUCAUGAUGUACAGUUUGACAGUGUUUGAGAACCUGAUUAACAAGAUGUGGCUCGGUGUCCCAUCACAAGAUAAAAUGGAGAUACGCAGCUGCCUCCCCAAGCUCCUUCUGGCUCACCACAAAACUCUGCCUUACUUCAUCAGGAACAAGCUUUGCAAAGUUAUUGUGGAUAUCGGCCGGCAGGACUGGCCCAUGUUCUACCAUGACUUCUUCACUAACAUUUUGCAGCUGAUCCAGUCCCCCGUGACAACGCCGCUUGGGCUGAUCAUGCUAAAGACAACGUCAGAAGAGCUGGCAUGUCCACGGGAAGAUCUCAGCAUAGCUCGGAAAGAAGAGCUGCGCAAGUUGCUCCUGGAUCAGGUCCAGACAGUCCUCGGACUUAUUACAGGUCUCUUAGAGAGCAUUUGGGACAAAUACAGUGUUACUGCUGCCACUCCGCCACCAUCUCCAACGUCAGGAGAAAGCGGUGACCUCUUAAGUAGCCUGUUGCGGAGUCCCAGCACAGCCAAACUGCUGAAUCAGCCGAUCCCUGUCCUGGACACAGAAAGCGAGUACGUUUGUUGCCUGGCACUGGAGUGCCUAGCACACCUCUUCAGCUGGAUCCCCCUCUCCGCGAGCAUCACGCCUUCCCUCCUCACCACCAUCUUCCACUUUGCCCGCUUUGGUUGUGACACGCGAACCCGCAAGAUGCCAUCCCUCAACGGCAGCAGUCAGAACUCAGUCUUGGGCCCGGAGCGGGGCCGGCUCGGGGUGCUCGCCAUGUCGUGCAUCAAUGAGCUGAUGUCCAAGAACUGUGUGCCAGUGGCAUUCGAGGAGUACUUGCUGCGGAUGUUCCAGCAGACCUUCUACCUCCUGCAGAAGAUCACCAAGGAGAACAACGCCCACACAGUGAAGAGCCGACUGGAGGAGCUGGAUGAGAGUUACAUAGAGAAGUUUACUGAUUUCUUGCGCCUCUUUGUGAGUGUCCAUUUGCGGAGAAUCGAGUCCUACUCACAGUUUCCUGUCGUUGAAUUCCUGGCCCUGCUUUUCAAGUAUACUUUUCAUCAGCCUACCCAUGAGGGUUACUUUUCCUGCUUAGACAUCUGGGCACUCUUCUUGGAUUACUUGACCAGCAAGAUCAAGAGUCGCCUAACUGACAAGGAAGCAAUUCUCAACAGGUACGAAGAUGCUCUGGUUCUGCUGCUGACAGAGGUAUUGAAUCGAAUUCAGUUCAGGUACAACCAGGCCCAGUUGGAAGAACUGGACGACGAGGCUCUGGAUGAUGAUCAGCAGACAGAGUGGCAGCGGUACUUGCGCCAGAGUUUGGAAGUUGUGGCCAAAGUUAUGGAGCUUCUGCCAACCCGCGCUUUCUCUACCCUGUUCCCAGUGCUCCAGGAAAACUUGGAUGUCUAUCUCGGACUACAACAGUUCAUAGUAACGUCAGGGACAGGUCACAGGCUGAACAUUACUGCCGAGAAUGACUGUCGGCGUCUCCACUGCUCUUUGCGAGAUCUCAGCUCCUUGCUGCAGGCUGUGGGCCGCCUAGCCGAGUACUUCACCGGAGACAUGUUUGCUGCCCGUUUCCAAGAUGCUCUGACAGUAGUGGAGAGGUUAGUCAAGGUAACCCUGUAUGGGUCCCAGAUCAAGCUGUACAACAUUGAAACUGCUGUGCCAUCUGUGCUCAAACCUGACCUCAUUGAUGUGCAUGCCCAGUCACUGGCUGCUCUGCAGGCGUACUGCCACUGGCUGGCCCAGUUCUACGGCGAAGUUCAUCGGCAGAAUCAAGAGCAGUUCAUCUCUCUCAUCUCCACCUCCCUGGAAGCCAUCACUCCACUCAUCAGCUUCAAGGUGCAAGAGAAGCUGCUGCUGUCAGCCUGCCACCUGCUGGUCUCCUUGGCCACUACAGUGAGGCCUGUGUUUCUGAUCAGCAUUCCAGCCAUACAGAAAAUGUUCAACAGGAUCACAGAGAGUUCUGCACAGCGUCUUCCUGAUAAGGCUCAGAUACUGGUCUGCAGGGCGCUGUCGAAUAUCCUGCUGCUACCAUGGCCAAACCUCCCUGAGAGCGAACAGCAGUGGGCCAUUCGCUCCACCAACCAUGCCAGCCUGGUCUCGGCCCUCACCAGAAAUUACCGCAGCUUGAAGUCCAGUGCCAUCUUGCCACAGAGGAAAGUACAGCAGGAUGAUACCAAGAUGGUGAUCCAUCAGACGCUUAGUGUCUUGGAAGACAUCGUGGAGAGUAUCUCUGGAGAAGCCACCAAGUCCCGCCAGAUCUGCUACCAGUCGCUGCAGGAGUCCGUGCAGGUCUCGCUAGCUCUCUUCCCUGCCUUCAUUCAUCAGUCAGAUGUGACGGACAAGAUGCUGAGCUUCUUCCUCACCCUCUUCCAAGGGCUGCGGGUGCAGAUGGGCGUGCCUUUCACUGAGCAGGUCAUCCAGACGUUCCUCAACAUGUUUACCAGAGAGCAGCUGGCGGAGAGCAUCCUCCAUGAUGGGAGCACUGGCUGCCGAGUGGUGGAAAAGUUCCUGAAGAUACUCCAGGUGGUGGUGCAAGAGCCGGGCCAAGUGUUCAAGCCCUUCUUGCCCAGCAUCAUCUCACUCUCCAUGGAGCAGGUCUACCCAAUCGUGGCAGAGCGAUCCUCCCCAGAUGUGAAAGCGGAGCUCUUCGAGCUGCUCUUCCGGGUCCUUCAUCACAACUGGCGGUACUUCUUCAAGUCCAGCAUCCUGGCCAGUGUCCAGAGAGGGGUAGCUGAUGAGCAGAUGGACAACGAGCCGCAAUUCAGUGCCAUUAUGCAGGCUUUCGGCCAGUCCUUCCUGCAACCCGAUAUCCAUCUGUUCAAGCAGAACCUGUGCUAUCUGGAGACGCUGAACACAAAGCAGAAGCUGUACCACAAGAAGAUCUUUCGGACAACCAUGCUCUUUCAGUUUGUGAAUGUGCUGCUUCAAGUCUUGGUCCACAAGUCGCAUGAUCUCUUGCAAGAAGAAAUCGGCAUUGCCAUCUACAACAUGGCCUCGGUGGACUUUGACAGUUUCUAUUCAGCCUUCCUCCCUGAGUUCUUAGCCAGCUGUGAUGGUGUUGAUGCCAACCAGAAAAGUGUCCUUGGAAGGAACUUCAAAAUGGACAGGGACCUGCCAUCAUUCACCCAGAACGUGCACAGGCUAGUGAAUGACUUGCGCUACUACAGACUCUGCAAUGACAGCCUGCCCCCCGGGACCGUGAAGCUAUAGUCCCCAGCACGAGGCCUUGGGCUCCAGUUGGUGUCGAGAGCAGACCUGCCCUCUUCGCAUCACCACUGCCUCUGCAGGACGCAGCAUCUUGCAUGCGGGCCACGCACCGGAGCUGCACGCCGCGCACACAACACACACCACACCCUCCCUCGCCCUCCCCAUCUUUCUUUCUCAGUUCUCCCUGCGGCUCAGUUGGCAGCUCCCUUUUCCUGCAGGGUGUCUUAAGGCCAGCCACAGGCCAUUCCUCCCGCUGGGCGUUCUCGUCUUAACUCCCCCCAGCAUUCAGUCGUGUCAGCAGGUUUUGGUGACUGGUUUUGUGCAUCAAUCAUGAGGCAGAAACGCCAAAGACUACUUCAGAUGUUCCCACCUUCGCGUCAUUCCACCUGCCUUCCCUCUCUGGCCAUUGGGAGAGGGAUGCCCCCCCUCCACCCCCCUGUUGGUUUUUGAAUUGCCUUGAAGCUUCCCUGCUAUUGGUGGGGGGGGGGUUUAGAAAGAGACUUUGGGGUUUUUUUAAAUAUACAUUUUUCUCAUCAUUUCAUUGUGAUACUAAAAUGUGCUUAAUGGAAAUAAAAAGUGCUUACUUUGUUGUUCUAAA